CGCUCUCCAACUCCAACCCAGUUAUCCAACACACACCACCAAGCUGUCUUACACUCUAAUCCUUCACACACCGUAGUUCAGCAACAACUGGUUUGCACUUCUUUCUCAGAACUCCUUCUCCAGCCAUCGCAAUUCUUACCCUAAUAAAUGGCUCCCUUCAACUUCCAACAGCCAUCACCGAAGUUACUCACCUUCACCUUCAAAUGCCAACUGCAAACAUCUAACUACUUUCAGGUUCACUUAGCCGAGAAUCAGAGACUAAUCACUAGAGAUACCGAGACCUACUUUUCCUCACAUCACCACCAACAUGCGUUCCAGCAACGGUACAUCAAGCAGCAGGGCCUCCAACGGUAACACAGGGCGCCACCCUGUUUACCGUGGAGUGAGGCGUAGGAGUAGUGGUAAAUGGGUUUCUGAAAUCCGUGAGCCCAAAAAACCUAACAGGAUUUGGUUAGGGACAUUUGCCACCCCUGAAAUGGCUGCUAUUGCCUAUGACGUGGCAGCGCUUGCUCUUAAGGGUAAGGAUGCUGAGCUCAACUUCCCUAACUCGGCUUCCUCCCUCCCUAUCCCUGCAUCAUCUGCAGCUCACGACAUUCAGAUGGCUGCAGCACUAGCUGCAACCGCUGUCGAAGCAGCGAAUGAUGCACUGGAAGGAAGCCAAGGAGGAAAUGUUUCGGUUUCAUUGGCGGAAGAGUUUUCAGGGGGAAACUUAAAUCACUUUGUGGAUGAGGACUUGAUCUUUGACAUGCCGAAUAUUCUGGUCAAUAUGGCUGAAGGAAUGCUACUCAGCCCUCCUCGUUUUGAUAAUUUUGCUGCUACCGACUAUGAAUACAUGGAUGAAGAUCCUAACCUCUGGGGGUUCCCUAAUUACUAGUUACUACCCAUGGGAUAAUUAAAAGACUUUUUAUAUUACUAAUGCAAAAAUCUUAAGAAGGAAAGGUAAGUAAGCUGUAAUAAUAAAUUAUGGGAGAACUCUUACAUCCAGACUUUGCUUAGACACCAGGAAAGGGUAUGGUGUGUGUGUGGAAAGUGUAUCUUUCUUUCCAUAUGUUUUUUUUCCACCUAGUGUACAGUGGUACCUUCUAGCUAUAGUGAGGUUUGCUGCUGUUGCACCUCAAACUCAAAUAUGUAUGUAAUGUUUAUAUAAUGUGUUAAUUAAAUAAUCUUUUUUGGUCAUUAA